AAUCGCGCGUGCUUUCCAACGCAGCUUCAUUCCCAGCUGUAGAACAUAUCGACAUCAGCUGGGGUUUGCAUCAAGUAGCACCUUGGUGGCCAAAAUCGUGACAUUUUUAGCAAACGUAAAACUGCGUUGUGCAAAGUGUUGGAUAUUUUUCAAACCCUGCAGAGUGUCUCUUUUGUCGUGGCGCGGCACGCGACAAAGGAGCAAUAACAUUACAUCGAACCCGGCAAACAAAGAGGUCCUUUUCUCAACGUCAACAUUUUUCCCCCAUAUUCCUUAGUGAUGAGUCAUGUGUCCGUCGAGAAUGUCCACGGUCUAGAACAGCAGCUUGCUGUCCUAGACUUGACUGCAGCGGACGGACAAGGUGGCGGCACCAGCAGACGAUACAUUCCUCCCCAUUUACGGAACAAAGAUGGUCCCAAAAAUGCAGGAAAUGCGUUUGUUGCUGGUCGACAGGGCGGUUACACCAUCGCUCCUGCCGCCGCCUUCGGUUGGGACGGAGGCCGCGGCAACUUUGUCAACGGCUUCCACGACAACCGCAUGACCGGCAGCAACACCUAUAACCGUGGCCCGCCUCGCAUGGAGCGGGGCCGAGGGGGGGGCUUGGGUGGAGGCGGCUACCGCGGCAACAGGGGUGGAUCCUUCAAUCCCAUCAACCCCGCUCAGCCGAUGGCCUUCGGCUUGUACGAAAACAAAGAUGCUGGUGGGUGGAACACCGCCAAGGACGCCUAUAGCAGCUUUGGGAACAACAGAGGAAAAUCUGCGUUCUUCAAUGACAGAAGCAACGCUAAUCGUGGACGGUUCGACCACGGUGGGUAUAGCGGCGGAGGCGGCGGUGGAAACAGCCGAUGGGUAGAGGAGGUCAGAGACGACGGAGACUGGUCCAAACCAACACCAUGCAACGAACGCAUUGAGCACGAGCUGUUCUCUGGCAGCAACACUGGGAUUAAUUUUGAGAAAUAUGAUGACAUUCCUGUUGAAGCCACAGGACAGAACUGCCCACAUCACAUCGAAAGUUUCCAGGACAUCGACAUGGGUGAGAUCGUCAUGGGCAACAUUGGGCUGAGCCGCUACACACGACCCACCCCUGUUCAGAAAUAUGCCAUUCCUAUUGUUAAGUCCAAGCGAGACCUCAUGGCCUGCGCACAGACAGGUUCUGGGAAAACGGCGGCAUUCCUGCUACCAAUUCUCAGCCAGAUCUACGCUGAGGGACCAGGAGAUGCUCUCAAUGCAGCGAAAGCCUCUGGGCAGGACAAUGGAAAAUAUGGCCGUCGUAAGCAGUACCCCAUUUCUCUGGUCCUGGCCCCGACCCGAGAACUUGCACUGCAGAUAUAUGAUGAGGCUCGAAAAUUUUCGUAUCGAUCCAGAGUGCGUCCCUGCGUUGUUUACGGAGGAGCAGACAUUGGGCAGCAGAUCCGAGAUUUGGAGAAGGGGUGCCAUCUGCUGGUGGCCACACCUGGAAGACUGGUGGACAUGAUGGAGAGGGGCAAGAUCGGGCUGGACUACUGCAAAUACCUUGUCCUGGAUGAAGCCGAUCGAAUGUUGGACAUGGGCUUUGAGCCUCAGAUACGGCGCAUCGUUGAACAGGACACCAUGCCCCCCAAAGGCACCCGGCAGACCAUGAUGUUCAGCGCAACCUUCCCCAAAGAGAUCCAGAUUCUGGCCAGGGAUUUUCUGGAUGACUACAUUUUCCUGGCAGUGGGCAGAGUGGGCUCCACCUCCGAGAACAUCACUCAGAAGGUGGUUUGGGUAGAAGAGAGCGACAAGAGGUCUUUUCUCCUGGACCUGCUGAGUGCGACAGUCAUCCCCAGCGAAGUGCAGGACAAUGCUGGAGACAACAUGGAGAAGCCUGGAAAGGACUCACUCACUCUGGUUUUCGUGGAGACCAAAAAAGGAGCCGACGCCUUGGAGGACUUCCUGUACCGGGAAGGGUACGCCUGCACCAGUAUCCACGGUGACCGCUCCCAGAGGGACCGAGAGGAGGCCUUAAACCAGUUCAGAUCUGGGAAAUGCCCCAUCCUGGUGGCCACAGCUGUUGCAGCUCGGGGUCUUGACAUCUCCAAUGUGAAACACGUGAUUAACUUUGACCUGCCAAGUGACAUUGAGGAGUAUGUCCACCGCAUCGGGCGCACAGGACGAGUGGGAAACCUGGGACUGGCCACAUCGUUCUUUAACGACAAGAACGGGAACAUCACCAAAGACCUGCUUGACAUCCUGGUCGAAGCCAAACAGGAAGUUCCCUCGUGGCUCGAGAGCCUGGCUUACGAGCACCAGCAUAAGAGCAGCAACCGCGGGCGCUCUAAAAGGUUUGCUGGCGGUUUUGGCGCACGCGACUACCGUCAGACGGCUGCUGGAAGCAAUGCGGGAGGCUUUGGAGGCCGCAGCGUUCGCAACCAGGCAGGACACGGAGGAGCCCGCAACUUCGCAGGAGGCGGCUUUGGAACCUUCUACACCAGCGACGGCUACGGCGGCAACUACUCACACUCUCAAGUCGACUGGUGGGGCAACUAGAUCGCUCUUCUCUCUCUCGCUCUCUCACACUUUGUCACCUCCCCACUCAACUUCCUUCCUUUCUCAGCUUUGUCUUCCUCACUCCAUCUGCCCCCCACCCCAAUCAACAUUUAGAACCUAUGUGCAUGCUAUUAAAGUAUUUAUACUCAUUAUAUAGCCCCCGCCCCUCCACCGCAUACACCCUUACAUUCCUGGACAAUGUAAUCUAAAUUUCUUUCAGUCAAUCUCACAGCAGACUACAUGGCAAAGGGAUUUUCCAUUGGCAACAUCCCCCCCCACCCCCCAACCCAAGGGGGAAUAUUUUCCUUGUGGCACUUUCAUAUUUGAGUUUUGGCUUCAUUGUAUUUUUGUUGUGCCCUCACUCCAAGACACCCCCACCCCACCCAUGUGUCAUCUUGGCGUUUCAUGCAUGUUCACCUUGCGAGUAAAAACCACAGCAUGGAGACAUGAAACUAAUUCCGACAUAGGAACUGGCUGAGGCCACCAUCUGGAAGAGAAGCGACAAAUAUUGCUUUUUUUUUUUUUUUAAACUUUUGUUGUUGUUGUUUUAAAUUGAAGUGCAGAUAUACUGUCGUCUUAGAAUGAUGUCUGAGACCCAGGAAAUAGAGGUGGAAUUUGGCAACUUAGCAAGCACCACUUGAAACAGGACUCAUAGGACUUGAUUAAAAAAAACAAACAAAAAACAAAGCAAGAUCAUUUGUUUCUGCACUGUGCCUUCAAGAAUUGGAGCAUUGGCUUUUUUCCUUCAUUUUGUUCUGCGACUAAAACAUAUAUUUAAUGUCACGUAUAGGUUUAAACAUGUUCUCUUGAUUUCUCUUUGGAAGGAAACAAGCUAGACUUGAGCUAAAUCAAACCUUGGCAAAACUAAACUUAAAAAACACACCAAAAAAAAUCCUAAAACCGCGUUGAAGAAACACAAACGUGAUUCCCACGUCUGUUGAUCUACUUCCUGAAAGCGUGAAACCUCCUCCUGCGGGAGGCUUGAUGCUUUAAAGGGGUAGUUGGGAUUUGGUGACGUGAAGUUGUAGGACAUCCCCAUCAGCAGGGACUUACCCCCCCCCACUUCUGGUCGGGUUCCAGUGAUGAAGAACGUAGUCGCUGGGGUUUCACAAGUUUGGCUGUGCGUUCAAAAGAGUAACACAUUGGCAUCUCAAAAAUGCCUCCUUGAAAAAAAAUCAGACCUCACAAAUCGGUCUGCGUUAUUUUUGUCGCUCGCACGGAGCGCCGCGGCCAUCUUGUUUGUGUGUGUUUCACAGUGGAAGAAGAUGCGAGCGUCUUUGUCAGAAUGGACAGGUGACAGGACGCGGGGAUACGGUGGGACACAACGCCGAGCCAUUUGUGAGAUCUGAUGUGUUUUUAAUUUUUUCCUCCCAAGAAGGCAUUUUUGAGAAGCAAAUAUAUUACUCUUUUGAACGUGCAUUGUUUUGAGAAGCCAAACUCCUUACUUGUAUAACCCCAGCAACUUCCUGGAAGUACGUUCUUCAUCACCAAAAUCCGACCACAACUGGACUUAGGGGACCAAGUGGGGGGCAAGUCGCUGUCAAUGCACUACACUGCUGAUGAGGAUGUCAUGAAAUCCCAACUAUCCCUUUAAGAAACCUGUUCGGAUGUCAGCCCUGCAGCUCUGCUAUGAGCUUGAAGUCAGGCUAAAAAAAAAGUUGGGUUUUCAGGAACCGGGGGCCGCUGACGGAAGAAAGCAGGCUUAGCAGCGCAGCGCUUGGGACCAAACGCUGACCACGCUGCUGCUGUGUUGUGAAGUCUCAUCCAUCAGUGCCUCCGCUCGUUGGGAACCCGACACCUCCUCCACACGCAACCCUUGUUGGUCAAAAAAAAAAUCUUUCAAGGAGAAACAACCAAAAAGACUCAAAAGAGAUCUAAAAUUCCUUGCUCACUCUAUCCUGGAGAGUCAUAAAGAGUUUUCUCUUCAGAAAACAAGUCAUUCCAGUAUUGCUUUGGGUGUUUUGGAUCCGUUUUUGGUUGGGGAUGAAUGCACACGAGUGCUUCCCAGCAGGCGCAGUGGAGGCUUCUGGGGGAGUCAGUCAAAAGUGUUUACAUUGGGAGGUGUGAAACUGCUUCCUCCCAACGAUGAUAUUGAUAAUGAUAAGGGGCUUACACUCGCAUUACAGUCCUGCUGUGGAGCCCGGCCAACUCCCCGCGCAUUCAGAGUUUAAAAAUCAAAAGAUGGAGAGCUUGAUUUCUUUUAUUUACAUGAAGAUCUUAAGUGAAUGAUCAUGUAGGUGAUAUGUAAAUAGUAGAGCUCUAUUUAUAAUACAUAAGAUAAAGGUGGGAAUAUGCUUAAUCAAUUUUGGACCAGACAUUUAAAUUGCCCGCUGGCUUUGAUUGAAACAGCCAGACUGGACCAAGACAGUAGGGCAUAUGCAAGUGUUGUUGUUUUUUUUUGGUCAAGCAAUUUUAGCAACGCAAGUAUCGCAAUUCUUGAGCUGGUUUUUAUUUACGCUAAUGUUCCCCCC